CACAGAUAGACAAAACAAAAGCCUCGAGUGAUAACAGAUGCCACUACACUUCAUCUGAAAGAUGCUAUCUACCUACCUACGCACCUACCUACCUACCCAUCUAUCUGCCUAGACGAUGGCAGAUCAUGCCAUUGGGGUUCAGCACAUGACUCGAGAAAUAUCCUCUUGCUCCGAAUGAUUGAUUGAUUGAUUCAUUCAUGCAUGCAUGCCUUGUUAUUAAUAUUAAUCAUACAAUCGAGACUUUCGUCCUUGGGUUCUGUUUUGGCUUUGGUUGCUUUUCUUUUUUCUCAUUUAUUUGUUAUUUACUCAUUCGAUUUUAUUUCAUUUUCCUUCAUAUCUUUCGUUCAACUCAUUAUUUGAUUUUAUUUGAUUUAUUUCUAUUUAAUAUUCCAAAUAAUCUACCCCAUUCCUUCCGAGACAAGGUUCCUGUGUGGCGAUUAUACUCCGCACGAGUAUACUCCGCACGCAGCAUAUCCAAUGAUAACGAUUCCUUCUUCCCCAACCAACCUACAUACAAUCCCUUUACAGACUAAUCCUAAUUUGAUCAAAGAAAGGAAGAAAGCUGCUGCCCGAGAAACAAAUUCGUAUA